GCACUCAGAUUAGGCUAUGAAAUGAAACGCCAUGGUGCCUACUGACAUAUGACAUGAACCAUAAAUGAUGUACUGACAUAUGAAGGUGUUUUCUUUAAUCGCUUCUUGCACGGUUGAUGGGUCUCAUUUGCAUAAGUUUGCACAUUCUCGCCAAGGCUCGAGCUACUGGGCGCUCGCGCGCGCUUCCCGCUCUGCUGCCGAGACUGAACACCUUGUAAAGAUAUGGACAACUUACUUUCCCUAAAAGAAGCGAUAAUAAUAUAUUUAGACAGAAGUGGUGGGUUGCGUAAACUCAUGGACGACUGUAAUGCAAUAAAAGGCGCACAUCAGAUGCAGGCCGUGUAUAGGUUCAGUUUCGAUGUAAAUCCCUCAGAAGUGCUUGAACUGGAUGCCACACUGGGAGACUGUAUACUGCACGACCCUCUAAAAGCUGCUUCACUCUUUCAGUCGGUUUGUUUUCUGUCUAUUAAAACGCUAUCACUUAUCGAGCACAUAGAAACUGAAAACCAGGUUAACGUUGUUUUAAAGCCAACACAUCUCCCACCUUUUCCAAACUACUGUUUGGAUCUCUCCGAGUUUCCCUGUGGGUAUGGUCCAAUGAGACCAUUUGCUUUGGAGGGCCUUGUAAUUGCCAUGACACGUGUCACAAAAUACACACAAGGAGCCAGAUUUCUCUGCUCAGACGAGAAAUGCCCUUGCUCAAGAGGGUUUCAUCACAUUCGAGUUCAUGUACCAGGUGCUACAGAGUCUGCUACGAUAAGGAGUGAUUUUAUGUGCUUUCUCUGCUCUUCUCCACUGAAAGAGGAUGUGAAGUCUCGGGUUUUAGGGGAUAAACAGCUUGUUGAACUCAUUCAUGUCAGCGCCGUGGAUGUUUUAGGAGUUCAUGAUUUUGCAUUCUUAAGAUAUCAAUCUGUCACCCUUUUUCUAAGAGAUGAACUGUGUGACUCCAUGAGAAUUGGCCAUCUGUACCGAGUUGUGGGGAUUCCAGCCCAUGUGCACCAGUGGCCCAGUGUAACAUGGAGUGUAGAGGCUUGCAGUGUCCAGCCGUGGACCCCCAAAUGCCCCUGUGUGGUUAGCAAAAACUUCCAGAACCUGCUGGCUGCCUCUGCCUGCUCCCCAUGGAGGUUCACUGCCGUUGUAGCUAACUCGUUUGGUUCCCCCGUGAUUCCACCUGGACUCUACAACACACUGAAACUGGGGAUACUACUUAGCUUGGUACAAAGUGAGGAUAUUCCAGAUGCUCCCAACCACCUGGAUGUGCUCGCUCUCACCAGUGACACACUAAUCAUUGACAGGUUAAUGAGAUCUAGCCUGCCGUUGUCCUCGCGAGGCAUUCUACACGCACCUACAGGAGAGCUGUUGGCAUCUUUAUCUAGAGAUGAACAUGGAGCAGGUACUGCCAACAUGCAUGCAGGUUCAGCUCUGCUGGCAACUGGAGGAAUCUGCCUUCUGGGAGACCUCACGUGCUACAAGAGAGACAAGCUGGAAGUGCUUCAAUCUGCUCUUGAAAACCGGACUGUGUCUGUCUUCAUUCCUGGAAAAAAAUAUGGUGAUGAUAUGGACCAGCAGAUCUCCUUUCCCAUCCAAUGUAACUUCUGGGCCCUAGCUGAUGCUGCUUGCCCCUCCAAGAGGACAGCUAAAUGUGAUAAUGCAGUGCUGGGUGCUGUGGAAAUGGGUUCAGUUCCGCUUCAGCUCGCAGAGGCAUUUGGUCUCGUAGUUCAGUGUCGAGAAACAAGCAGCGAUCCUCUACUCCUGUCCAUGGCAGUGCACACCCUAAGGCAGGCCAUCCUUCCAGGAGAGCCCCUUUAUCCAGCAUGCAUGCAGUUUACUACACAAGAUUAUAAAGAGCUUUUGGCUCAAGCAAGGGACUUAAAGGUGGACAUGAGUCCCACAGCUGAAAAGAUGAUCCAUGGUUAUUACAUGGCUAGUCGAAGGGUUCGAUCACACUCAACACAAUGCUCGUCUGUCUCAGUCACUUCCAUAAAACUUCUGAUUUCCAUGGCCCAAGCGCAUGCUAAACUCAGCUUGAGAACACAAGUUCUAGAGGAAGAUGCUGUCAUUGCAGUAUUGUUGUGUGAAAGUUCAGUCACCCUAAAGCAUGGGGCCUCUACGCUUGUAUUUCCACCCGAUGCAGUGUUUCCCUGUGCUCUACAUGACCUGGACUCCCUGCACUACAGAGACGUUACCCUGGAAAAAUUCCGCAAGCAAAUCUUGGAUUUUGUGCACACCUAUGCAACCUGCAUUGUAGAGGAAUAGGAUCAAGGUACUUU